UAUUAAACCGAAAUAUAUACUCUUUUUCUUUUCACAAAUAUAAACUCCUCAAAAGAGAGGGGAGGUGGAAUUGUGGAAAUCAGUGUUUGAGAGACAAAAGAGAAAUUGUUCGAGAGCAAAGAGCAAAGAUGUUGAAAUUCUUGUCAAAGGUGAAAAUCGAAUUCAAUGCCUUAGACCCAAGAAUAGCUUCAUGUAUGGAGUUUUUGGCUCAAUGUAAUGCUCCUAAAGCCAAAGAAUCAAACCCAAGUUGUCAGGUUCAAGUCAAGCGCCGCACCGAUGACCACCCACCCCAAAUCACCGUCACCUUCGUCAAUGGAGUCGAGCAAAGCUAUGAUGCCACUUCUACUCCCGCGCAGAACAUCCGUACUAUGAUUCUUGAAAAGGGUCAGUAUCUUGAGACUGAACAAAUGUUUCGUGAAGCUGGUGAGAAAUGGCCUGUUGUUAUUCCUGAUGAAGAGCUUCAACAACCAUUUCUCGGAAUAAAGCCAAAGAAAGCAGAAGAGAAGAAGCAGUAAUCACAGCUACUCACGCCUAGCUUGUCGUUGGGGCAUUUUAUCAGCGUUAGCUCAGCUCGAUGACAUUACAGAGUUCUAAUUCAGUGAGAUGGAUCUCCAAAUAGGGGCAAAGCUAGCUUUUCUCGUUGGACGUAUGUUAACAAUAAUAUUAGAUUUGCACCAGAUCAUGAACUGAACUUGCUGUCCAUUGUGUUGUGAGACUCAGAAAUGUCUUUACAAUCCUCAUUUCUUCUACCCUUUGCCCUUCGAAAGAAUAAUAUUUCCUUUCUAAAGAUUUGAUUUCAUGUUGGAAUUGACUAUAAUAUGUGCAUUCAAGGGCCAUCUUUAAGUUUUACCACACAGAGUUAACAUUUAGUA